AUGGUUAGCGCGCUUGACUCUGGAGCAAGCGCUCCAGGUUCAACUUUACGUAAUAGUGUUGUUAUUGGAUGUGUGUCAUUCCCGAGUUUUGAUGUCUCCACAGUGUUUACUCCCUUGGACAGAGAGCAGUCUGUAGUUUUAGAUCAUGAUGGUCCAAAAUGGAGCAGAAUUCAGAAUCUGUUGGGUGAAGGAGGUGUGUUAUCUUCAAAUUCAGAGAUAGCUGCCGAAGCUGCAAAGACUAUCGGUCAAUUGAAGUGCCGUGAAAAGUGUGUGGUGGAUACCCUUUCUGAAGUGAUAAAACUACUAAGAGACCCCAAGGUGUGCUAUGAAGCAAGCAAAGCAUUGAUCUUGUUAGGGACAUGGGAUCCAAAUGCAAUGGGAGUCAUCAGACAGUACAUUAAAAAAGGAAACAAGGCUGUUGUAAUGGAACUGUUAUCAACAAUGACCAAAGCAAGGGACAUAGCUUUUGUAGAUAAAACCACCCAUGAGUUUAAACAGUUGGUCAGUUUACUCAUAUUUACAAUCAAGACCCAGUCCCCUGAACUGGCAUUUCAUGCCGCAGUAAGUCUGGGGCGACUGUGUGUGGUUGAGCCAGUCUCAAAGACGUACCUCAUUACCAGACUUCCCGAGCUGUCGCCUCGUGACAAGGGAGAGGCACUGUACGUUUUGAUAAAGCAAAUGAACUGCAAGGAGAAAUUGGUUGUGGAUGCUUUAUUAGAACAGCUAAGCACUGCUCAUAACUGGAAGCUAAGAAUGGAAGCAGCAGUGCGAGGUUAUAUCUUUGAUGAACUGAAAGCUUAA